AUGAAUUCUGUAAUUUUAAUAUUAGCUAGCAGAUAAGAAUAUAUAUUUCACCUUUAAAUACUAGAAGCUCAAAUAAAUUCAAUGACUAGUAAUGACCGAUGCAAUUUGCUCUAAAAAUUACAAUAUAAGAUUCUAAAGGUAGAAUAGAGAAGAAUUUAAAUAGAAUCACAAACAUUAUUGAAUUAUUCUGAGCCAAGAAAAUUUUUAUAGAAGCUAGUCAAAAAAUAUAUAAAAAUCCAAGGUUAUUAUUACUAAAAAUUGCAAGUAUUAAGACAUGUAAAUAGUUAUAUUUUCCAAUAUUCAGUUAAAGAAAAUAAUUUUUGCCAAUGCAGAGAAACUAAUUAUUCAAAAUAGCUAGCAAUUCUACAAUGAGUUCUAUUGAAAUCAUACAAAUAAUUAUUAAUCUGUAAAAAGAAAGGUUAGUUCGUUAGAUUGAUUCUUUAGUUAAAUCCGUAAAUAGAAAUGAAUCAUUAUAGUAUUCUUAUUUAUAAUAAUUAGAACUGACUUAAUCACAAAUAGAAAUGAGAAAUUCUGUUAGGAUCCAAUUUAGAGUUUGGACUACUUAAAUCAUAUACACAUGACAUAUUAUUUGUUAAAUAAACCUACAUAGAAAAAUGAUCCUUAUGAUAUAAUGAAUUUAGAUGAAUAGACAAAAGAAUAUAUGACAUCAGGGUUUAAAAGUUAUGUUUGUUGCUUAACGAAGACUAAAAAUGUAUUUAUUCCAAUAGAAAGCACUCAAGAAAUAACUUUAUUUAGAUAUGAAAAAUACUAAAAAAUCUUAAAUGAGUAAAAUUAUGCUCUCAACAAAAGAAUAAUGAAAUUCUACUUUAAAAAUUACCAAGAAAUUUAAUGCACUCUUGAAAAACAAAUAAUAAGUUCAGUACAUAGAUUGCCAAUAAAGUAUUAAUAAAAAUAGAACAAAAGAAGCAUUUUUCAUAAAAUGAGAUUAAGUAGAUAAGAAAAUGAGGGGAGAAAUUCAAGAACUUUUUAAGAUGGAUUCUAAACUGAUAAAGAACCUUAUAUAGGCAAUUCUGUAGGAUUAGAAUCAUAAGGUGAAAUUUUAACACAUUUAAAGAACAUUGUACUAUCCUCUUCCAAAACAAGAGAAUAGAGAGUUAAUUAAGAAAAUAAAAAAUUUAUUCUUCGAGAAAGUUAAAUUCGAAAUGAACAUGAGUUAAUUCAAAGUUAAUUAGUCUUAUGUGGUAAAUCUAUGAGAUUUCCUUAUAAUGAACAAGAGAAGAAAAGAAUCUUUAGCAACAUCUUUGAAAAUAAAGAUCAUAUUAAUAAUGGUUCUAAAGAAAAAUCUGUUGAGUAGGUUUCUUUGCCCUUAACUAAGAAUCUGAAAUUCUAAAAAUUAGGAUUAAAUAAUAAAUACCAUUUAAUAAAAAUCAAACAAAACUGUAGUCAGCUUAAAUUAUAAUAAUUAUAGAUUUAAAAUUGA